AACCCCGUCGAGCAAGAUGAACGGAGUUGACGCUGGCGUGGAGGAAAGAACGCUAUGCGACUUGCCUUAUUCAAUUACUCGGUUGAAGCUAGAAUGGGGAAAUCCGAUUUCGAAGCCGUCCUCCCCUUGGGGACGGUGCUGAUCGUGAAGAACCCCGUGUUUAAAAAGAGUUCACCCGCAUUGCCCAUCAUUGGACUGAUCGUAAUGCCUGUCUUUGGACUGAUUGUUGAGAAUCCGGCCGAUGUGGAGAUUCUAAGUCAAAAGAGAAUGCAAGCACUCUUUCCAGGUGUCCACUGGAAGUCAGAUCUGUCCCAGGAAUCUCGAGCCUUGUUCAAUUCUCCACUCGUUUGGGAAUUUCCUCCUGGCCAAAGUUACCUUGACAUUGCUACCAAAUUGAAGAACGUGGGAAACAAGGCUUUCGUCGAGAAUAGGACAACCGACGCGAUCCGAUUUUACGACCUUGCUCUUGAGUACUUAUCUGUGGAGGGAGAAGACGAGAAGACUCCAGCAGCUUCGACACUCUUGGUAGACAUCUUGUCCAACAAGGCGGCCGCUCUUAUCAAACUGGAAUGUUUUAAUCCAGCUCUAGUCUGCACUGAAAAAGUACUUGGGAUCAAGAACGCUCACGUUAAGUCGAUCUACCGUCACGCCAAAGCUCUCAUCGGACUUGGACGGUAUUCCGAAGGUGGCGAAUUCCUGGAUGAAAAGAUUAGUCAGCUCGGCGGAGAAGAGAAUAAAGAUAUUCUCAGAUUGAGAUCAAUCGUUCCUGAACUGGGGAAACGGCCCGGAAAAAAUGUUGUUAUUGCGGUCCGUAUCCCACGGAUAGUGGUCAUAGACACGGAGUUUAAUACCGAUGGCCGUGGUGGGACACGACAAGUGAUACAUAAUCAGAAUCAGCCUCAGGAACCUUUACCGGUCGGGAUGAUAGACCGUAUUUCUGAAUUUCGGGGACCAAUUCAACUCGGGAAGAGCAGCAUUGGCGAAGGCGAUGGAUUCUUUGCUACGCAAGAUCUCGAACCUGGAACGAUUCUCUUUUUUGGCAAACCCUUCGCCGGUUUGUUCGUUGAGUCACGGGAGAGGAAAGCAUUUACUUUGAACGCCAUCACCCACGAAUAUCUCGUCGGCAUUAUGGCAAACAAGAUCCGGCUUGAUCCUGACCUCGGCCGUGACCUUUACACCCUUUGGGCUGGCCCUGAACUUAAAUCUUUGACGGAGAAUGACAUGCAAAUCACAAAGGUGGACAUUGCUCGAAUUCGAAAUAUUUGUGACAUUAAUCAUCGCAGCAACAACUUUGAGAAAGACCGCGAAGCUUUAAUUUCUUGCGGCAUUUGGGUCCCCUUGUCGAAAAUAAAGCACAGCUGCAUCGAUGCCAACGUUAUGUGUAAUCAUCACGAUUCCAGUUUUGUGCUGAUGGUCACUGCUUUCAAAAAGGUGAAAAAAGGAGAAGAAAUUCUGGCCAGCUAUGUUGACCCAUUGCAGCCGUUAGCGAGAAAGGAUUAUAUGGACAGUCUUGGUGUUAUCUGCAAAUGUCGCCUUUGCAAACUUGACCUAUCAGAAAGCUCGGCUGUGAUUGCAAGGAGAGAGAAACUCCUCGGAAGUCUGGCUUUCGACGCCAUGACGAAUUUGUACCCAUCUUGUCCCCACAUUCUCGCACGCGACUUGGCAACAAUCACGGAAUUGGAAAAUCUUCAUGAGGGCAGCCCCGACCUGAAUUUGGCUUUGGCAGAUCCUCGAGUUCAUGGCGUUGGCCUCGCGUUGUUCGGACAACAACGUUACGUGGAGUGUUUGGCCAUGUUGACGAAAAUUUACGCCGUCUUCGGGAACAUCGCGACCAACCAUCAGCAUUCUAUCAUUGCCACUGGCAUUUUGAUUUGUUGUAUGAAAACGGAAAAGGAAAAGGCAGUGCUGGAAAGAUGGGCGGAAAAACUAAGGAAACAUUGCAUUCUUGGCGCUGGCACUUUGCAAGAAGUUCGUGAAGGAAGUGAACCCACAAUUCCCGAGGAGUUGAAAAAAUUUGGGAUUGAAUUCUUCAAUGAUGUUGACUAAAUAACUAAUUAGCCAUGCUAAAUACACGUUUUUUACAUUUUUGAAUAAUUACAUUUUACAUGUUCCUCGGGAAUUUCUACUUUAUGUAUGGUUAAGUUUUGUCGUUUGGUUCUGAACGGUGUUUAACUUAC